CUUCUACCCUCACCUCUACUCUGUUUCUCUACCACUCCAAAGUUUCUAAAGUAGUAGAAAGAUGAUGAUGAUGAACGGAGAAGCUACAGAAGCUGAGCUUUUCCUCAACUGUGCCGACAUGUCUGUCUUAGAGCGCCAAAGGGCUCACCUCAACCACCACCACUAUCCCGGCUUCUUCUCCAAUUCUUCCACGAUUAACGGCGGCGAUAUUGACGGCUUUCUAGCGUCGGCCGGUUUGGAUCUUCCGGCGGUUUAUGGAUAUACGACGGUGCACGGUGACGCGAGAAUCUCAGUUACUCCGGGAAAUAUUACAACCGAGUCUGGAAAUUUCAAGAAAAGGAAGUUUGGUUGCGUCGAGACAGAGACUAAGGUUUGUAAUGAGAAGAAGAAGAUGAUGAUGAUGAUGAUGAACAGAGAAGCAGCAGUUGAGGAGGAAGAAGAAGAAGAGAAGUCGAAAGUAACAGAGCAGAGCAAUAAAAGCAUCAUGAUGAUGAAGAUGAAGAAUAAAGCCAAGAAAGAACAGAACAGCUGCUCUAACGAUUCAUCAAAAGUGACGAAAGACUCGCAAAGAACGGAUUAUAUUCAUGUUCGUGCACGGAGAGGCCAAGCCACUGAUAGCCACAGCAUUGCAGAACGAGCUAGAAGAGAAAAAAUCAGCGAGAGAAUGAAGUUUCUACAAGAUUUAGUUCCUGGAUGCGACAAGAUCACAGGCAAAGCAGGGAUGCUUGAUGAGAUCAUUAACUAUGUUCAGUCUCUUCAGCGGCAAGUCGAGUUCUUAUCGAUGAAGCUAGCAACUGUUAGUCCAAGGCUGGAUUUCAACAUCGAUGACAUUUUUGCCAAAGAGGUUGUCUCAGCUCCAAUGACGAACUUACCAAACACUGUGAUGCCACCUCAUAUGAUGGUGAAUUCCGGUUAUCCUCAUGAAAUGGUUGAUUCCGGUUAUGUUCAUUUCAAUCCAAUGCAACAAGUGGUUGCUAGUUCUGAUCCACUAUCAUGUUUCAACAAUGGUCAAUCAGCUACUAAUGUGUGGGACUCUGAUGUGCAGAAUCUUUAUAGCAGUCUAGGUGUUUGAUUUAAAAGUGUUCCUUAGUUCUAGACCAUUGUCAGAUUUGAUUAUGCAGGUUCUCUGGAUACAUGCAGCUUAUUUUUUUCAAGUGGGAAGAUCAAACUCAUAUUAUUUUCAUCAGAAAAGAGAGCAAAGUUAGCAGUUAUUUACUAAUUUCAGUAAAUUAAUUUAAGAUUUUCAGCCCAUCAUUGUAGUAUCAGAGACAAGAGUGUAUACAGUAUUGUGUGUAUAGAUGCCAAACAAUAAUAUAUAUUUUUCAAUGUGUG